AUGAAUAUUUAUGAACGAUUAGAUCAAGCAUUACACCAAUUAGAGUUUUUGGUGCUGUCAGUUUUAGCAGCAGUAGCCUACGCUCGACCAGAACCUCCAUCAAAUGGUUAUGGGGCGCCAAGCCCUUCGGCUUCAGGAGGUGGCUUUGGGGGUCCAUCUGCGCCGGGAGGUAGCUACGGAGCCCCACCGCAAUUGCCGCCACAACCUCAUUUCACAGGAUCAAGCCAGGCUUAUGGCCCACCACAACAAGCUCCAGUAGUUCACAAACACGUUUACGUACAUGUUCCACCACAUGAGCCUGAAUACAGUGCACCACAAAAACCAAUCCAUGUCGCUCCUCCUCAAAAGCAUUACAAGAUUGUAUUCAUCAAGGCCCCAACUCCGCCAACCCCAACUGCUCCAGUUAUCCCACUCCAACCACAAGACCAAGAGAAAACAUUGAUUUAUGUACUUGUGAAGAAACCAGAGGAACAACCAGAAGUAAUCAUUCCAACGCCAGCACCAACACAACCUGCCAAACCCGAAGUAUACUUCAUCAAAUACAAGACUCAGAAACAAGAAGCUGCAGGAGGCUAUCCCGAGAGCAUAGCACCUGCCCCAAGCGGUGAUUAUGGCGCCCCCGCGCCCUCCGGCAGUUCUGCCCAAGCCCCUGGCUCUCAAUAUGGAGCGCCUCUUUAG